AUGACGGAUGCAGACCCCCCAAAACUCCCAUACCUGCCCGAAGACGUCCUCCUUAUCAUCCUCGAACUUGUCGAAUCCACCGCCAGUUUCUCCACCCUUGCUUCCCUCGCCCGCGUCUCUCGAUCCCUUCACCGAAAAUUCAUCCCCCUCCUCUACAAAUCCAUCACCCUCACCCAACACAACUGCGCCGCAUUCUUCUCCGGUCUCCUCGACGGCACUAUAGAUGAGGAAGAGAAGAAGCACUGGCAGGAAGGAGAGCUAGAGGACAAAAGAUCGCCAGCCGCCCGAAGACUCAUCAUGCCACGAUAUGUGCGGAAACUGCACCUUGACGACCUCGAGGCUGUCGACGUAUGUCAUGCAGCUAUAGGCGCCUUCCUGGAGCUGAGACUUAGGAUCCCACCGAGAAAACUCCACAAACCGCGAACGCUCGAGCCUUCUCCCGGUGGCCUCCUCUUCUACGCACCCAUUGCCCCACCGUCCACCUCUCUUCCAUCCUUCUCGACGCCUGGCGACCUUCCAAAUCUCUUUGAGGCUCCAUAA